GCAAAGCUGAUUGACACGCAGUCAGAAAACGACCAAACGCGAAUCCUUCGAGUGAGUGCGUUUUACAAUAGUAGUGCAAACAAAAUUUCCCCCUUUCUCUUGGCUGCCGAGGUGUUCUUUCCAAACUAUCAGAACCGUGCUAGGGUGCGUUUAACGAAUUAACCGCACAGCUACCAGACUGAGAAGGACAUUGGAUUCUUCUCUCAGAAAUUUGGUUAAGUGGCUCGGCUGUAAAACUACUGGGAAUGGCUGAUGUGGAGGAAAUCGUCCAGCAGGUGCAGGAGAAUCUCACCGAAGCCGCCAACGCGGCAGCUACCAAUGGCACCACAAAAGUGCCUUCCACACCGGAGGGAAUGGCCCUCGCGUACGGCACAUUAGUCGUGAUGGCCAUGCUACCCAUCUUCUUCGGUUCGAUACGAUCCGUGAAGCAUCACAAAGAACAGACGUCUACCUUCCUGAAGACUGGGGAAAAACCUGACACGAUGACCUCGAAGGACGCGAUGAUGUUCCCGAUUAUGGCUUCCUGUGCACUGUUCGGAUUGUACAUGUUCUUCAAGAUCUUCUCGAAGGAUAACAUCAACUUCCUGCUGACUGGCUACUUCUUCUUCCUUGGCGUGAUGGCGCUGGCCCAUCUGCUGAGCCCAGUGAUUGGCUCUUUGAUCCCGUCUUCUAUUCCGAAGAUUCCCUACCAUUUGUCCUUUAUUCAGGGGCCUACGGAAGGAGUCAAGGACGAUAAGGAAACCUACCUUAUUGACUACAAGUUUACGACGCACGAUGUCGUGUGCUUUAUCAUUUCGUUGAUUAUCGGAGUUUGGUAUUUGUUGCAGAAGCACUGGAUCGCCAAUAAUCUUCUCGGAUUGGCAUUUGCCGUCAAUGGAGUGGAACUGCUGCAUCUGAACAACAUUGUGACCGGCUGCAUCCUGCUAGGAGGAUUGUUCUUCUACGAUAUCUUCUGGGUCUUCGGAACGAACGUGAUGGUUACGGUGGCGAGAUCGUUUGAGGCUCCAAUCAAACUAGUGUUCCCACAGGACUUGAUCACGAAUGGACUGGCUGCUUCGAAUUUUGCCGUUCUUGGACUGGGAGACAUUGUCAUUCCGGGAAUCUUCAUUGCCCUGCUGUUGCGGUUCGAUAACAGCCUUAAGAGGAAGAGCAAUCUGUACUUCUAUGCAACAUUCACUGCGUACUUCUUCGGUCUGAUGGCCACAAUCUUCGUGAUGCACGUUUUCAAACAUGCUCAGCCAGCCCUGCUCUAUCUGGUACCGGCCUGCCUUGGUACGCCUCUGCUAUUGGCACUGCUCAAGGGAGACAUCAAGAAACUUUUUGCUUACGAAGAUCAUCCGGAGGAGAAACCCAAGGAUGCUAAGAAAUCCGAGAAGGCUUCCGGUGAGGAAUCCACAAAGACGAAAAAGGAGACCAAGAAAAAGGAUUCGAAAAAAGUAAAAUAAGCUGAUCUGGGACUAAUGCGUGUGAACUUCCGAGUGUUUGUGUGUGAAAUGCAACAGAAUAUCGCUGUCUAUCCAGUUUAUUAGUACCUAACACACAAAGAAAACAAUUUAAACAGGAUCAUCUCUCUGUUAUCAUUA